AGUGUUUCUCAUUACAUGGAAAGAAACGGCCCACUUAGCCAUUUUAGCGGACGCAGUAUUUGUUUGUCUUCCAUUGGAUAGAAUUCGUUUCUCUUUCCUUGAAAGCUCUCAACUUGACCAUCAUCUAUAUAUUAUCAUAUCACACUCCAUUACCGUACUAGCUAAAAGGCCCUCAUUAUUCUGCUUUCAUAUCAAGUAUUGGGAAGUGGAGGUCGAGGAGUGACGAAGAUGGGUAGGGCUUUAGCUGGGUUUUUGGGGAUUUUGUGGUUGUGCUGGUGGAUAGCCGUGGUGGAAGCGGAGUCUGCCAAGUACAAGGAUCCAAAGCAGCCAGUGGCAGUUCGAAUCAAAGAUCUGAUGAGCAGAAUGACCGUAGAGGAGAAGAUUGGUCAGAUGGUGCAGAUUGAUAGAACUGUUGCUUCUGCAGAUAUAAUGAGAGAUUACUCCAUAGGGAGUUUAUUAAGCGGGGGUGGGAGUGUUCCACUUCCAGAGGCCACUGCUCAGGAUUGGGUAAAUAUGGUAAAUGAUUUUCAAAAGGGGUCUCUUUCUAGUCGUUUGGGGAUUCCCAUGAUCUAUGGCAUUGAUGCUGUUCACGGCCAUAAUAAUGUCUAUAAUGCUACCAUAUUUCCACAUAAUGUGGGGCUUGGAGCUACCAGGGAUCCAGACCUGGUUAGGAAAAUAGGUGCUGCAACUGCUCUUGAAGUUAGAGCCACAGGGAUUCCUUAUGUCUUUGCUCCAUGCAUUGCGGUUUGUAGGGAUCCAAGAUGGGGACGCUGUUAUGAAAGCUACAGUGAGGAUCCCCAAGUUGUACAACAGAUGACAGAGAUCAUACUGGGGUUACAAGGAAAUCCACCCAAUGGUUCUCGGAAAGGAGUUCCAUAUGUUGGUGGCAAGGACAAGGUUGCUGCUUGUGCAAAACACUUUGUGGGUGAUGGUGGGACAACCAGGGGUAUCAAUGAGAACAACACUGUCAUUGACAUGCAUGGAUUGCUCAGCAUUCAUAUGCCUGCCUAUUCUGAUUCAAUACUCAAAGAUGUUUCAACAAUCAUGGUUUCCUACUCCAGCUGGAAUGGGGAAAAGAUGCAUGCAAAUCAAGAGCUAGUUACUGGUUUCCUCAAGAACACCCUUAAUUUCAAGGGUUUUGUCAUUUCAGAUUGGGAGGGCAUAGAUAGGAUCACCUCACCACCACAUGCAAACUACACGUACUCUGUCCAAGCUGGCAUUCAGGCAGGCAUUGACAUGGUCAUGGUCCCCUUCAACCAUACAGAAUUCAUUGAUGAUCUUACAUACCUAGUCAAUAGCAAAGUUAUCCCAAUGAAUCGUAUUGAUGACGCUGUACGAAGAAUUUUGCUGGUCAAGUUUACCAUGGGUCUCUUUGAGAACCCUUUGGCUGAUUUCAGCUUAGUCAAUGAGCUUGGAAGCCAGGCACACAGAGAAUUGGCAAGGGAAGCUGUGAGGAAAUCACUUGUACUACUGAAGAAUGGGAAAAAUGGAACAAAUCCAUUGCUACCCCUCUCGAAGAAGGCUUCAAAGAUCCUAGUUGCUGGUACCCAUGCUGAUAAUUUAGGCUAUCAAUGUGGUGGUUGGACUAUCAAUUGGCAAGGAUUCAGUGGAAACAACUAUACAAGGGGAACAACAAUCCUGGGUGCCAUAAAAUCUGCUGUUGACUCAAGCACUGAAAUUGUCUUCCAAGAGAACCCUGAUGCUAACUUCUUCAAGUCCAAAAAAUUUGAUUAUGCCAUAGUUGCUGUUGGCGAGCCCCCUUAUGCCGAGACUGCAGGGGACAGUGCAACCCUCACAAUGAAAGAUCCUGGUCCAAGUGCCAUUAGCAAUGUUUGCAAUGCUGUUAAGUGUGUGGUGGUUGUCAUUUCAGGCAGACCUAUUGUGAUUGAACCAUAUAUUGAUGCAAUUGAUGCACUAGUGGCAGCAUGGUUGCCAGGAACAGAAGGCCAAGGUGUGACUGAUGCUCUUUUUGGGGAUUAUGGAUUCAGUGGAAAGCUUCCAAGAACAUGGUUUAAAACUGUCGAUCAACUACCAAUGAAUGUUGGGGAUCCACACUAUGAUCCACUAUUUCCCUUCGGGUUUGGACUUAAAACCGAGUCAGUUCCAAGCAUUGUGGCAAAGGCAACGUCAGCUGCAGAUUCUCCAAGGCCAUAUAUUGUUAUACUCAUGGCUUCUAUAUCUUCGUGGUUUGUACUCCAGAGGUAAUCACCCUAGUUGGUGAAGUUAGUUACGUGUGGCUACAGGAAGUGGCAUUAUUGGAAGAUUUACCUCGGCAGCAACAUUCUCCAAUGCUAAUUUGCUAUGUGCCCAAAUUGUUAGGAUUUUGGUUUAUGUGGCUAGACUUAGUACCAUUCAAUCAAUAAAAUCAUUCUUCAUUU